AUGUCUUACCGCAACGAGUCCGACAGCUACGGCAGUGGCAACCAGAGCUCCGGCUACGGUAACAACGACUCCUCCAGCUACGGCAACCGGUCUAGCUCUGGUCGUGACCAAGACAGCUACGGCAGCAACAACAACUCUUCCAGCUACGGUGGCAACGACUCUAGCUAUGGAAACAAGUCCAGCUCCGGUCGCGACUCGGACAACUACGGCAGCAGCAACAACAACUCCUCCAGCUAUGGAUCCAAGAAGGACAGCUAUGGCGAGAACGACUCUUCUAGCUAUGGCAACAAGUCUAGCUCCGGUCGUGACCAAGACAGCUACGGUAGCAACAACAACUCUAGCUACGGUGGCAACGACUCCAGCUAUGGAUCCAAGAAGGACAGCUACGGCAACAACGACUCUUCUAGCUACGGCAACAAGUCUAGCUCUGGUCGUGACGAAGACAGCUACGGUAGCAACAAGAACUCGUCCAGCUACGGCGACAAUGACUCCUCUAGCUACGGAAACAAGUCCAGCUCUGGUCGCGGCUCGGACAGCUAUGGCAGCAGCAACAACAACUCCUCCAGCUAUGGAUCCAAAAAGGACAGCUACGGCGACAACGACUCCUCUAGCUAUGGAAACAAGUCUAGCUCUGGUCGCGACCAGGACAGCUACGGCAGCAGCAACAACAACUCCUCCAGCUAUGGAAAGUCUAGCUCUGGUCGUGACCAGGAUAGCUACGGCAGCAAUAACAACUCCUCCAGCUACGGCAAUAAGUCUAGCUCUGGACGUGACGAAGACAGCUACGGUAGCAACAAGAACUCGUCCAGCUACGGUGACAAUGACUCCUCUAGCUACGGAAACAAGUCCAGCUCUGGUCGCGGCUCGGACACCUAUGGCAGCAGCAACAACAACUCCUCUAGCUACGGCAACAAGUCCAGCUACGGUGACAACGAUUCCUCCAGCUAUGGAAACAAGCCUAGCUCUGGUCGCGACCAGGAUAGCUACGGCAGCAGCAACACCAGCUCUGGCCGCAACGAGGAUCGCUACGGCGGUAACAAUGACUCCUCCAGCGACAGCAUUGGUAGCAAGCUGCUGAACACGGCUGAAGGAUUCCUCAAGAACCGCAACUAA